AUUUUUCAUUCCUUUUAAUUAUUUCCUUGCACUCUUAUCAUUACAUGUUCAAGUAUUUUUAUUAAUAGCUGCAUACCGAGAGAUAUGUUUUUCUUCAAUGCAAUUUUAAAAAGUUUUCAUGCAGUCAAGUAAGCAAAGCUUUGCAGAGAGACCGGAAAUAUAAAACACACAGAUGCAUGUAUGACCGUGGUGGAGAAAUUGACACAGGAUGCUAGCGUCAAUAUGGGCGACACUUCUCUCAUUAUGGUUCUGGGUUGUUUUAGCAGAUGAACUUCUUGCUGCAGGAACAGGCUGUUCAUCCAAUCCAUGUUUGAACAAUGGCACAUGCGUACCAGCUUUCUUCCGGUGCCAGUGUCCUGAAGGGCAUGCAGGCCAAAAUUUCGACGGAUUCACGCAGCUCACUGGGAGGAUUCACUUCCGGUUUUCUGUCUGGAAUGAGCGCCAUGUUGUUCCUGUUUGUGACAGUCUGUGGCUCCAUGUACCUUGCCAGGAAAUACGAGGAACACAAAGAACUCAAAAGAAUGAGAAAAAGACAGGAGGUACUGCAGAUACAGGAAAAUGGCCACAAUUAAUGAUCUCUUCAACAGUUCAUUUUUGAUCCCAAUGAUUUUUAUGAGUUUUAAAGCUAAAUCCGUAGUUAUCAAUCAUUAUUUGUGGUUUUUCUAGUAUGAGGUUUGGUGUGACCUUCACGACAAAUAUAAUUUUUGGAAAAUUCUUCGAGUAAACAAUUUACGUUUUGUUAAAACAGCCUGGGAGGUGCUCUGUUUUCCAGUUGCCAACACUUGAACAUGCGAAAUACUAUAGUAAGUAGUGAUUGGUUAAAAUAUUGAUGUAAACUCGUUGAUUAGAUAUUAUAUUCUGAUACUAGCAAUAAAUUUGUUGAAUUAUU